AUGUCCAUGCGCAUGGUUCAUGCUUUGUUUCGCUUGUUGCUGGCGCUGCUCUUGUCUACCUGUGGAGCUGGGGCUGCCGAGCCAGAGAUGGACUAUGCCUUGCUGCGUGCCAAUGUUGUGCAGGCGUACGCGCAGCAAGCUGCUGAGAUGGCAGAGACGCUCAGUGUUCUGCAAAGCCUGAGUGCUGACACAGCUGCGACGCUGUCUCGCUUGGAGAGCGCUUGCGUCGAGCUGGGCGGCAAUGAUCCCGGGAGCUUGGAUGUCCACGUGAAAGCAAAAGGAGAAAUUGCGCGAGUGCUCGGUCGCUUCAAGGUGUCCUAG